UUUUCCCAAUGGAAGGGAAGAAGCUCUCCGACGAGCUCUCUUUGUUCUUAGCCUCCGGAAUCUAUCGUCUGUCGGGAAUCAACGCCGUUUUUCUGGAUCCAGUUCGUCUUCUCAACCUUUCCUACUCCCGCCAUUCGAUUUCUUCUUCCGGUUACUACUGCCGCACCUUCCAUUCAUCGGGACAAGGGAGAAUGGAAAACACAGCAGCGAACCAUUCCUCUGUGCUCAAGAAGAAGAAGAGGAAGCGGAGGAGGCACCAUGACCUCAACGAGAAAGAAUUAGUGGCGGAGAGACGUCAUCAGGAACUUCGGCCUUUUUUGCUCAAGGCUCACGAGGCAUUACUUUCUGCAACUGAGCUUCUUGCUUUUCUUCCUAAUUUAGUUAAAGAUGAGAAAUUCAGUCUUGACGAAAGAGAGCUGGAAGCGGAGCUCAAAUUUAUUGAGUUGGGAAGACUAUGGCAAGCACCUCUUUACCGGAUAUCUAUACCAAUGGAAGGGAGCACUGAAAAUGUGCAAGAGGAAGGUUUGCAACAUGUGGAGUCCAGUGGAAUGAAAGUUGUUCCUUUUUUUAAUGAAUUAAUUUGUAAUGACACAUCUAAUGAUGUGGAUGCUGAAUUCCUUAACCGGAGAUACAUAUUACCCCGCAACAGUUGUUUUUAUACGUCUGAUUUGAGACAAAUCCAUAAUCUGAUUCCCGGUUGUUCCGAUCAAGGUUUUAAUCUAAUUGUUAUUGACCCGCCAUGGGAAAAUGGAAGUGCUUAUCAAAAAGCAGCGUACCCGACAUUACCAAAUCGAUACUUAUUGUACCUCCCUAUCAAACAACUUGUUCAUACAGAGGGGGCUCUCAUUGUAUUAUGGAUGACGAAUAGAGGGAAGCUUCGUUUAUUCGUUGAAAAAGAAUUAUUUCCAGCUUGGGGAGUGACCGAUAUCAGAACUUCUUACUGGUUGAAGAUAAAACCUGAUGGUUCUCUGCUUGGUGACUUGGGCUUGAUUCAUCACAAACCUUAUGAAUACCUUCUUCUUGGCUAUGUCAAUAAAAAGAAAAUUGAACCUGAUUCCAGCCAAAAUUUGCGAGAGAACCAAAUCCUCAUCAGUAUCCCUGGUGCUUACUCGCGGAAACCUCCACUGGGAAAAUUGCUAUCAGACCAUGUUCCAGGUCCCAAGCCUUCAAGAUGCAUAGAACUAUUUGCGAGGGAGCUGUUAGCUGAUUGGACUUCUUGGGGAAAUGAACCUCUCCGCUUUCAAGACUCAAGAAAUUUUAUUGAAAUGAAAGCUUAGAAUGGUUUUAUGCGCUGACAGUUAGUUGAUUCUGUAAGUUCAAUACAAUCCCCUAAUAAGCCGAUCUCUAUUGCUGAAGUAUUAAUUUUUUUUGCUGGCAAUUCCAUGUGUAAUAUUAAUUUUUGUUUUCACAGUUUCAGUGUGUAAUUCUUUAUAUAUUAACUAAUUAUUAUGGUAUAUUAGUUAAGAAAUAGCACAAGCGCUGUUCUUCAAUGAUAGUGGCAAGAG